AUGGCGGACGUGCUGAGCGUGCUGCGGCAAUACAACACGCAGAAGAAGGAGAUCGUUGUGAAGGGCGACGAGGUGAUCUUCGGCGAGUUCUCCUGGCCCAAGAAUGUCAAGACUAACUAUGUCAUCUGGGGGACAGGAAAAGAGGGCCAACCCAGGGAAUAUUACACUUUGGAUUCUAUCUUGUUCCUGCUCAAUAAUGUGCACCUUUCACAUCCAGUUUAUGUCCGCCGUGCUGCAACUGAAAACAUUCCUGUGGUGAGAAGACCUGAUAGGAAAGACUUGCUUGCCUACCUAAACGGGGAAACAUCAACCUCAUCAAGCAUAGACAGAAGUGCUCCACUUGAAAUUGGUCUUCAACGGUCCACUCAAGUUAAGAGAGCAGCGGAUGAAAUAUUAGCAGAAGCCAAGAAACCAAGAAUAGAGGAUGAAGAAUGUGUGCGCCUUGACAAGGAGCGGUUGGCAGCUCGACUGGAAGGACACAAAGAAGGCAUCGUGCAGACAGAGCAGAUCAGGUCCUUGUCUGAAGCCAUGUCAGUGGAAAAAAUUGCUGCUAUCAAAGCAAAAAUCAUGGCAAAGAAAAGAUCCACUAUCAAAACUGACCUGGAUGAUGACAUAACUGCUCUUAAACAGAGAAGUUUUGUUGAUGCUGAAGUGGAUGUAACCAGAGAUAUUGUCAGCAGGGAGAGAGUAUGGAGGACAAGAACUACAAUCUUACAAAGCACAGGCAAGAACUUUGCCAAGAAUAUUUUUGCAAUUCUUCAAUCAGUAAAAGCCAGAGAAGAAGGUCGAGCACCUGAGCAAAGACCUGCACCGAAUACAGCACCAACGGAUCCCACCUUACGAAAUAAGCAACCUAUUCCAGCUGCCUACAACAGAUACGAUCAGGAACGAUUCAAAGGCAAAGAGGAAACGGAAGGCUUUAAAAUUGAUACCAUGGGCACCUAUCACGGGAUGACUCUGAAGUCUGUAACGGAAGGUGCUUCUGCUCGAAAAACACAGACUCCAGCAGCACAGCCUGUACCACGACCAGUUUCUCAAGCAAGACCACCUCCAAACCAGAAAAAAGGAUCUCGAACUCCAAUAAUCAUUAUUCCAGCAGCCACGACCUCUUUAAUAACGAUGCUUAAUGCAAAGGACCUUCUGCAAGAUCUGAAGUUUGUACCCUCAGAUGAAAAGAAGAAACAAGGCUGUCAACGAGAGAAUGAAACUCUAAUACAGAGAAGGAAGGACCAGAUACAGCCUGGGGGGACUACAGUCAGCGUUACUGUACCUUAUCGAGUAGUAGACCAACCUCUGAAACUUAUGCCACAGGAUUGGGAUCGUGUGGUGGCAGUGUUUGUACAAGGUCCUGCUUGGCAGUUCAAAGGCUGGCCUUGGCUCUUGCCUGAUGGAUCACCUGUUGAUAUCUUUGCAAAGAUCAAAGCUUUUCAUCUCAAAUACGAUGAAGUCCGUCUGGACCCCAAUGUACAGAAAUGGGAUGUAACAGUGUUAGAACUGAGCUACCACAAAAGGCACUUGGACAGGCCAGUGUUCCUGCGCUUCUGGGAGACUUUGGACAGGUAUAUGGUAAAGCACAAAUCUCACUUGAGAUUCUGAAUCCUUCAGCUGCCAUUUAUUUCCUGAAGUAAGAAUUGAGAAAGACGAAAGGGGAUCCAGUUUGGAGACCAGAGCUCGCACUAUGUGAUAUGUCAAGAACUUUGCAAAUGAAGAAGGGUCACAGUUGAAACUUUUUAUAAAAUCUUGUUAGGAUGCUUCACGCUAUGGCAGGUCGAUACCUGUCGUGACUCAGAAGCA